AUGGAUAAUUCUCGAACUAAUCCGCAGAGUCAAAAUGCACCAUUCUUAUGUCAUUCUCCUGAAGUGGCUGCUGAAGGUGAUAUCGAAUCACUUAUUGGUAAUUGCCCGAUAAUUCACAAUUCAUAUUUAUCGAUGACAAGUGAAAAUCUCGAAAAUACUGAUAAGACUAUCGUUUCUAUAGAAUUGCCUGCUUCAGUUUGA